CACUCUAAGCCCUUGUCCAGUUGAAGCCUACAUCCCCAGCUAAUUUCAUUUUCUUUCUCUCUUCGAUCUCAGAACAAACAAAGCCAUGGCUACUUCGUUGACAAUGGCGGCUCGUCGAGCAGCAGCCUUCACUCGCUUCCCCUCCUCAGCCACUUCUCUCGUUCAGCGCCGUGGCCUUGCUGGUGCAGCUGAUCAUCACGGGCCUCCUAAGGUCAAUUGCUGGUCAGAGCCGAUGAAUCCUGCCCAAUGGAAGGAAGAACAUUUUGUGAUUGUAUCUUUGUCCGGUUGGGGCUUGCUGUUCUAUAGUGGGUACAAACUCUUCACUGGAGGCAAGAAGAACAAAGAAGAG